AUGGUCCGCAAACUCAAGUAUCACGAGCAGAAGCUUCUGCGGAAGCAUGACUUUAUCACGUAUAAACAGGUACCGAGGCCCUCGCCGCUUGCGCAGUACACCAAGCCGGGGCAAAUAAUCAGUCUCAUGCCCCCGGAAAACGCGGCCCGCCGAAAGCACGAGAAGCUCCUUCUCGACAAGCUGUACGAUAUGGGUAUUCUGUCCACGGCCUCGAAGCUGUCGGCCGUCGAGCACAAUGUCACGGUCAGCGCGUUCGCAAGACGGCGUCUCCCAGUUGUCAUGACUCGCCUGCGCAUGGCCGAAACCGUACAGGCAGCCACGAAGCUCAUUGAACAGGGACACGUGCGUGUCGGUACGGAAACGUGCGUCGAUCCGGCUUUCUUGGUAACCCGCAGCAUGGAGGACUUUGUCACAUGGACCGUGGGCAGCAAGGUCAAGCGGAACAUCAUGAAGUAUCGCGACAAGCUGGACGACUUUGAGUUGUUGUAA